CCUCGGUCUGAAAUAUCCAACAUGGCAGAAAAAGGCAGGGGAGGGCCAAAAGUUUACUCAAUUAAUUAGAAAAGGCCACUGACAUACAUUGAAAUUGCAUUUAUUCAAAUCAAAAUGAAUGCAGACGUUGAAAACCACAUUAGGCAAAAUCACUCAUGGUCAAAACUUCCUGCCAAUGUCAAACAGAUACUAGGAAAUUCACAGAAGGAAUAUGAAAAGGCAGUGGUGCAGUUUAGUGUCAACAAUCAGCUGAGAUUUAAAACAAAUCUUGUAAAGACUGUAAGGAAGGAUAAUGAGAGACGAUACUAUGAGGAGUUGUUACAAUACAGCCAGGAUCAUCUGAUGCUAUAUCCCUAUCACCUAUCUGAUGUAGUUGUGAAGGGACUGAGAGUUACACCAUUUAUAUACUACAUCAACAUGAUGUCAGACAUAAUGUCACAGGAAAGAAGCUAUGACUCAUUACCAAACUUUACUGCCGCAGAUUGUCUUAGGUUAUUGGGGAUUGGUAGAAACCAAUACAUUGAUUUAAUGAAUCAGUGCAGAUCCUCUAAGAAAUUUUUUCGAAAGAAGCCUCCAAAAGAUUUACUCCCAACAAAACCUGUAGAAACAGUGGCUAUAGAUCCAUGGUGGAUGGCUAAUAUAGGAUUUAUAACAGAGGAUGAUAUCAGAUUAUGUUCAACAGCAGAGAAGAAUAUGAUAGAUAGGAUCAUAGACCUUGGUUCCCAACCAGCUGGAGAGCUCAACUAUAAAUUAUUACACAGUUUAUAUAGACGGGGACUUGUAUACUUGGAUGUUCCUAUACAGGAUGAUGACUUUAUCAUAUUGCCACCGCUGGAGAACUUUGUGAUGAAUCGUGUAUUGGGGGAUUACUUUGAGACAUUACUGUAUAAAAUAUUUGUAUCUAUUGAUGAACAUACUACUGUUGCUGAGCUCUCUAAUGUGUUACAGAUUGAUUUACAACUUGUGAAGAUGGCAGUAUCUAUGUAUUGUCGACUUGGAUUUGCUAAGAAGAAAGGAUCAGAAGUUAAUGAGGAUGAGUUACAUCCUUCGUGGAAAGAUUUUCGACCUCAAAAUAAAAAAGUAACACAAGAGCAGUUGAUUAUAGAUUGGGGAGAUGCCCUGGCAGAUGUGAAUGAGAACCCACCCAGCCCCUCCUCUCUUACCAAACCUACUGUAGUUUCUGACCUAGUCAACUUAGAAUCAUCUAUGGAUACUGUUUCAAUUGGUGCUACUAAAAGAAUUGCAUUUCUGUUUGAUUCUACUUUAACUGCAUUUCUCAUGAUGGGUAAUUUAUCACCUGGCCUAAAGAGUCAUGCUGUCACUAUGUUUGAGGUGGGAAAGUUGAGUGAUGAGUCUUUGGACAGCUUUCUGUCUGAACUUGAAAAGGUUGGUUUUGAAGCUGAAGGAGAGGCUAGGAGAUAUUUUGUUCAUGCUCUGUUAUUGAGAGAUACUGUUAAAUUUCUCCGUUAUAACAAGAGCUUGUGUGCCGAGAAUGAAACUGGGUCAGCUGUUGACCUGAUUAGAUGUGAGAGUUUACUUAGUCUUGAUGCUUCCACAAGAUCCAGGGUGCUAAACAAAAAUUACAGUUUGCUAGUGUCUAUGGCACCACUGAGUUAUGAGAUUCA